UCACGCAUGUCAAAAUCCUCAGAGCUGGUAGAAAAUCCCAAGCUUUGGCAGUCCAGAUGUCACUCAUAUUGCAUUUGACAAUGACUUCCUACUUCUAUUAUACUCUAUAGAUGUCGAAGUAACUGUUUGUAUAGAUCUAUUUUUUAGUCUAGAUACUUGUGAAUAGUGUGGCAACGAUUGCAUAGACUAGUCACUAGUGAGACUGUCACUUAUGUUCGCUCAAAUAGAUCUAGAUAUAAAUCUUGACUGUCACUAGGCAUGAUUCAUGUCAUUCAUGAUCCGCAUUGUACUGUAGACUUAACUGUAGACUAUCUGGAUCAAUCAAUCAAUCAAUGUCCAUGAUAAUCAUGAUAAUGAUUUAAAUAAUUUCUAGAAUUUAGAUCUACUACUAGACUGAGACUCUAGAUCUACUCUAUGUGACACUGACAGUACUGACAGUCAGUAAUCACCAUGUAUUUUAGUCUCUAACUCUAGACUAGACUGACCAGACUAUAUAAUAUAGUAUAUUAAGUUAACUAUCUAGAGAUCUAGAUCUAGAUCUAUAUAUUAUAUGAUGAUGAUUAUGAUAUUUCCAGGUACCGGCAAUUACUUUUUUGGAGCAUAAAAUGUUUCCAGUUUAUCUCACAAGCCUCUUACAGCUUGACAUUGCUGAGAUUUGCUAAUAAGCUGUGAACUUUUUUUUAGAAAAUGAAAAGUGUGACAAACAGAUGAUAUUUGCUGAGCCAGUGUAGGAGACUUUCUCAUCUGCUGAUUGCUUACAGACAGCACUGUUAUGGCUUAUCAAAAUCAAAAGAAUGUUGAUUUACAUAUCCCUCAGAUUUAUUCUGAAAACUGCUUACCUUCAUUCAAGUUAGAUUCUAAUAAAGACAACUCCUCAGUAUCUGAUGUGAGAGUAUCACAUUUCAAUACAGUUCAAAUGAAUGAAGUUGAAGCUGUUGGAAGUUUGAUUCACAAGAAUCCUAGGAAAGAAACAUGUCCUAAUAAUAUUAAACAUGGAGAAGGUUUCAUACCAUUGUCAGAGAAAAAUCUUUUGAAGAAAGAUAAUUUUCAUGUUCUUUGUGACAUUUCGUGUUUUAACAAAGAUUUUCGAUUAUCAAAACAUAAAUUUUCUGAAAAAACAUUUUUUUAUAAUCAAUCAAAAAUAAGCAGAGCUUGCCAAAAAAGUUGGAUGCUGUUGAACAAUAAAAAUGACACGCCACUUCUUGGAUAUGAUGACAAAAUUUUCAAUAUCUGUUCCAAUUGUUCAUCCUCUGGAAAUAUGUUCUCUGCACAUUCUAAGGUUCUAUCCAGUGGUAGGCAUAAGAUAAAUGUGAUCACACUUGGUCUAGUUAUGUCCUUGUUCUUUGUUGCUGCAGAUGUAUUGCGAAGAGUACAAGCCAGUUUGAUUAGUGAAAAUAUUUUUGGUGUUACGUCUUAUACUGCUGGCAUCGCUGGUUUUUUCCUAGGGAAUGUUAUUAGUAUCUUUUUUGUGCAAAACGACCAGCAUCAUUGGUUGAUACUUGCCAGUGUAUCUGUCAAUUUAUUUAGCUUCUUUAGCUUUCUAUUCCCAGUCACUUUGCUCUUAGCAUUAGUGUCAUUUAUUCAAGGUAUAACACAGGCGCUUAUCUGGAGCUCAGUGAACUCCUACAUCACUUUGAUGUCUAGGGCUGAAGCGUGCAAGGAAAGAAAGCCUUUCUACAAUGUAUCUAGCUAUUUCUUUGGCUUGUUCUUUUUCAUUUUCCAAAGUUAUCAUAUCAUCAGUAAUGUUAUGAUUAAAAUCAUAGUGAACUACCUCCCUUAUCUGACUGACUAUUUAGUAAUGUCCACCUCGAAAAAUGAUUCAGCACUAAUAACUUUAGGCACUUUUGAGCCAGAAGGGAAAGCAGUCAACCGAUUCUCAAAUAUCUGUGGGCUUGACUUUAAUGAGAGCAACAAACUGGAAGGUCUUAGUGAGUCAUUUAGAAAUGGUCCAAACUACUUGCUAUGCAUAUUUUAUAUCACAAUCAUAGUCACAGCCAUUUUCAUUGUGCUGGGUCAUCUGGAACCUGUCCAGCAGGGUUUCUAUGGCAACAUCAUCAGAAGAGAAAAGAGAAAGCUUCAGAUUUUGUCCUAUUUCAAAUUUUUGUUGAACAGACACUUCCUGCUCCUGUUUCCUCUAAUGAUGUAUUCAAUGCUGCAGUUUGGAUUUGUGAUGAGGGAUGUCACUCUGGCUUAUGUCACCUGCCCUCUUAGUGUUGCCAUGUUGAGUUACACUGUUGUAUGUUAUGGUGUUUGUGCAAGUGUCAGCAGUUUAAUCUGUGGAUUGGUCAGCAAGUAUGUUGGACGAGUUUCUCUGCUAGCUUUUGCUGCAGUACUGAAUAUUCUUGAGCUGUUGUUUAUCAGUGAAUGGACUCCUUUAUCCAACAGUUUAUUCCCUUAUUUGGCUAUGAUUUCACUUUGGGGUGUUGCCCAUGGAAUAUGGAUUACACAAGUCUAUUAUAUUGUGGGGGUAAUUUUCCCUGAGAGAUAUGAAGAGGCUUAUUCUGGACUGCAACUUGCUCAAGGCUUUGGUGUUGUUGUUGUUUUCUGUUUGUUCUAUGUGUCAAUGUUGACAAAAAUUUAUGUCAUGUUAUUUUCCUGCAUCAUAGCUUUGGCUUUCUACGUCGCCUUAGAGAUUUGGUUGCUGAAGAGAAAAAAAAGUUGUCGCCUAGUGAUUACUGUUGACUCAACCUGAACAGUAGCCACAGAGUUUUGUUGCCUAGGUAAUCAAAAGGACAUUUUACUAAAAUGUUUUGUUGUUUUUGGAGUGUCUGAUGGGAUUAGUUUUCAUGGUCUAUAUUAUUGCUCUGUUGUUUAUAGUGUCUACUAUACUGUUACUAAAUAUGUACAUAUGUUUAAUUGACAAUCAAGUUGUUUAAAAAUCUGAUGUUAUGUUAAGCACUUUCAAUUGUUGACAGUGUUCUCCAUUUUUAAGCUAUCAUUUCUUGCUGCUACAUUGAUGUGUAAAAAAAAAAUGAGGCUACAAAUCUUUUAUUUUCUUGUUACAUUAAUAAGACAUAUGUUAAAUUAAUUCUGUUAAGGUUUGCUGUAGAGCACUUGGCUGUUGAAUUGAAGGUCCAUGGUUACAAUUUUUUUUACUCAUUUGGAUUUGAUGUUCUUGAGCUUCAACAGUUCUUGCUGUUUCAUGUUGUAAGAAAAAAUGCUAAAAACUAUUGUGCUGACCAGUUACUUAUAGAAACUUGAGAACUGGCAAACUAUCUUGCAUUUGUUCUAUUGUGACACACACACACACAAAAUGUACUUGCUCAACGAUUUUUUAAAAAUGUUUUCAUUGUUUUCCUAUAAUAAUUUAAAAUCUUUAAUUUUUUGUUACAUUUUUUAUUUUAUACUAAAGACUAAUUAUAUUGCUAUGACUAAAAUCAUUAAAUACAUUUUACAUUCAUAUUGAUUGAAUUUCUGUACUUCUUGAGACUAAUGCAAUGUUAGUCUUUAUCCCUUGACUAUUAUAUGUUCAAACCAUGCCAUAAGAUGUCAUUGCUAUAAGUGAAGUGUUUCCAAAAAUAAUUAGACUGUGGUGUUGUACAAAGUACUUCAACUUCACAGGAUUGCCACUAUUGUAUACAUGAUAUUUUCAGUGAGUAUCUUGUACAAAGUUUCAUGUUCAUACUUUGGUUGUGUCAAUUUCAAGUCUGGCUUGGCCACUAGUACAAUCAGGACCUAGUAGUUUGUUUGAAUAAUAUGGCUUGUGUAGUUUACCCACAACUGGGGCAUACAGUUUUAGUGUUUUUAUGUUUUGUUUUCUUCAUGUGCUACAAAUAUUUGAUACAAACCCUUUCUUUGGUGCCUAAUUAGAAGGUUGUCAAUGUUUAGACUGGAGCCCAUACAUACACCAAUACAUGUUACACCUAUACCCAUGCUACACACACAUGCUACAUACAUGUUACACCUAUACACAUGCUACAUACAUGUUACACCUAUACACAUGCUACACACACAUGUUACACCUAUAUUCAUGCUGCACAUAUGUUACACCUAUACACAUGCUACACACACGUUACACCUAUACACAUGCUACCCACACACGCUACACCUAUACACAUGAUACACACACGUUACACCUAUACUUAUACUACACACACACACAUGUAACACCUAUACCCUUGCUACACACACACGUUACACCUAUACAUGUAACACCUUUACACAUGCUACACACACGUUAAACCUCUACACAUUACACCCAACUUUGAUGGGUCUGACAUGUAGUCCGCAUGCUAGGCAAUCAUCUUCCCAAACGACUUCUGUACGGGGAGCUGUGGGCAGAAAAGCGCUAUAAAGACGCUCUUAAGAGCUGCUUCAUGGAAUGCGAAAUCGACUUUCACGGCUGGAAGCACUACCUCUUGAUUGCUCCUCAUGGCGUGAGUCUCGAAGUCUUGAGAUUUGAAGCAAUAAGAUUGGCCAGGGUGAAAGAGCGCCGAACCAACAAAAAGCUGAGAGAAGAAGCAGGUCUAUCUGCAACUUACCAAAUCUACCCAUGUGGCCAGCUUUUUAAAGCAAGGAUUGGACUUUACAGUCAUCUUCGAGUCCAUAGGAAAUGAGAAAUGUGCUCAUCUUCGAUCACGAAGGAGGAGCUAUAUAUACACAUGCUACACACGUUAUACCUAUACACAUGUUACACCUACACCUGUUAUAUACUCAUGUUUUCUUGAGUACUUAAAUAUUGUUUUUUAGAAUAUUUAGUAUGAUGUACCAACGUGUUUUUUCUGUGCCAUCUUGUAGUAUAUGGCCUCUGAGACAAGUCAUACUUCAUGUUUGUUCUUCCAGCAAGUCUUACAAAGUAAAAGUAGCUGCUGUAGUGUACUGAUUGGUUUUGGCAUUGUAAAAUAUACAAAUGCAUUUACAUAUAUACAUGACUUUGUUUUACUUGAAUACAUAAUGGACAAUGUAUUUAUAAUUACUAUUGGGCACGACAUGGCCUAAAUUGUGUGGAUGUGCCAAAAGCCCAAAAUAUCCUAUAUAAUUACUAUUGAAUAUAUCUACUUUUACUUCAACCUCAGAUGAAUGCUCCCUUAACUGAAGUAUUGAUUAAAUGGUGUUGGGAAUUAUACUUGUAAAUAUUAAGUCAAGUGACUUUCAAUAUACUAAAACUUCUUGUGACAAUGGACACUCCCUGGCUAUUAAGAGAUAAUUAUUUUUCACUUUGGCUACAAUUCAGAGCAGCCAUUAUGGGUCUUGUUAUAAGAAGUUUUCCUCAAAUUCAUGAUUUUUCUCUCCUUCAUUAAGGACGUUUAAUUAUACUAUCAUGACAUUGAUAUUAAUUAAGCUUUGUGAGAAAAUCCCAAGCUGGGGAUAGAAAUGCUUUCUGUGUUGACUUUUUGAUUACACAUGAAUAUUUGUCUACAGAAGCUCACAAGGCAGCUAGGCUUUAAAGGAUAGGCCCUUAGUAUACAUGGCAGCCUUCCCAUGCUAAUUUAACACCAGCUGUUGCUGCAUUGUUUCAUUGGAGAGAGAGUUAUACAUACCGGGUAUUGAGAUUAUGCAAAAUGUAUACUCCCAAUUUAUGCAAAUUGUUUUAUUUAGAUCUAAUAAUAGAAUAGGUUUUGAUGUUACUAAUUCAUUUUUUUCUCAUGUUUGCGUUUUGAGUUUACACACAAUUUUUUGCUGAACAUGAAACUUGUACAUAUCUAUACUAUAGGUGUGAAAUAAUUGCUUUCUGUAAUAAUAUAUUGACAAUAAAAAGUGAUCUAAAAAAUGUUAUAA